AUGGAAACAAUAUGUAUUAUAGUUGCUUUUAAUGGUAUAUGGACUGAAGACUAUAAAUAUCUUGACCAUCAAACAAAGCUUGUUCUAGUACCUGAGCCAAUUCGAUUUGAGGAUUUUAUUAAACAGGUCUUUGAAGUUAUUGAAUUGGACAGAGACAAGUUUGAAGCAAUAAUAUGGUUUGAUAUCAACCUGGGAACAUGCAAGGGAAUGAUUGUAUCCAAAGAUUUAGAUCUUCACACAUGUAUAGAGUUACUAAAAAGUCUUUCACUCUUCAAGGGUUGCCGUUUCAUUGUUGAUGUUUCGGAAAGAAAUUUUGGAUCUACAAGCACCUUUGAAUAUAUCAACAGAGAAAAUCAACAUGACAAUCAAAACAAAUGGCAACAGAUAAUGGAAAUAGAUAUGGUUGACGCCGAACCAAUAACUGAAGAGAUGCUUCAAACAUUUGAUUCUAUUCAAGUGGAAGGACAAAGUAUUAUAGAGAUUGACAACGAACAAGCUUUGGGUAUUCAAGUCUUAGAGAGUGCACCGGUUGUUAGAUCAAGCUCAACAAGAUAUUCAUUGAAAUGCAAUGAUGAUAGGUGUGGGUGGUGUGUGCAUGCUUUCAGAGUUAAAGAUUCCACACUGUUCAAGAUAGUAAAGAUUGAGAAAAAUCAUGACUGCUCAGUUAACACUAUGAAAGCUAAUCAAAGGCAUGCAACUUCAAAAUUGAUUAGUGGUUACAUUAUUGACAAUCUUCGAGACCCAAGGUUUAAAGUUACACUAGCUUUUGUCAUGGCAGAAAUGCAAAAAUUGUAUGGGCUAGACAUUGGGUAUCACAAGGCGUGGCAUGCUAUUCAACAUGCUUCAGCUUUAAUAAGAGGAACUCAUGAAGAGAAUUAUGAAUUAUUGUAUUCAUACUUGUAUAUGAUGAAAAGUAAAAACCCAGGAACAUAUACUAACAUAAAGAUAGACGACAACAACAGGUUUCUUUAUAUGUUUUAUGCAUAUGGAUCAUCAAUAACUGGUUGGAAUCACUGUAGACCAGUGAUUUCUAUUGAUGCAACUUUUUUGAAGUCAAAAUGUUGUGGUGUUUUAAUGAUUUCGGUUUCAAAUGAUGCAAAUAACCAAAUUUUCCCACUGGCCUUUGGAAUUACAAAAUCUGAAAAUAACAAUUCCUAUGAGUGGUACUUUAGUGAGCUUCGUAAUGCAAUUGGGAGCCGUGCGAAUUUAAUUUUUUUAUCAGACAAGCAUCAAGCUAUUGCAUAUGGUAUUGCAAAGGUCUUCCCUGUUGAUUCAUGGCAUUCUAGAGUUGAGGAAGAAGGAAUUACUUUCUUGGUGGACUUAAACAAAAGAAUAUGUGAUUGUUUUCAGUUUCAAUUUGAUGAAUUACGCAUACAUGCAAUUGCAGCUAUCGAGAAGAGAAACAUCAAGAAGUCCAAUAUUUGCUCGCACUGGUACUUAAAGGAAUAUUGGCUGAAUACAUAUGAAAGACAAAUACAUUUUGUAGGACAUACUGAUUCUUGGAUUAUACCAGAGAGUGUUAAGUAA